AUGCCAAGGAGAGAUGCCCUCUCGCCACCGCAAGUCUCGGAGGUGCUCACAGUGACUCAUGGUGAUACAGCACCUACUGAAGCGGAGGGUUCCUUGGGAGGACAUCGAGCCGCUCUCAUUGAGAUCACCACGAUCUCCAUAUUCAUGGUGUUGAGUCUGAUGAUGGUGACAGCAGUGAUGGCUUUCAUAACAGAGAGAGAGCCUCCGAAGAAUCGUCGUGUCGAAAUUCAAGGCGAUAGCCCAGAAGUUGUAUGGAACGAACAUGACACCAGAAAAAAAGUCAACAAAUUCAACAUGUGCCAGAACUUUCCUCGAAGCUAUCGAGAGUUCUCAAAGUUCGUGGAGAGACCCUAUCAGGUUCGGGGCGACGCCUGCAGCAACUACUACGAGUUGGCUUGUGGCGGAAUCUGCCAUCUAUUGCCUCCAGGCGUAUGUUUUGCGGAAACCUUCAAAAAGUGGUACGAGGAUUGCGAUCCCGAUCUGAGUCCCGAGAGUCAGGUGAUUUGGAGAGAUUUCAUUCACUUCAACGCCGACCAGCGCUACAUACCGAGGAGAUGGAGGUCAUCGUGUGACCGGCUCAUACUAACCGAAUACGGAACCGAAAUAGAGGCUGUCACGGGCAGAAACCACACGAUGCGAACGCGUGUCAUGGAUCGAAUUUCUUUCCUCAUAAAUUAUGUUAAUUCCAAGAAGUUAUGUGCCGACGGCCGCCUGAUGCUCUACGAACGGCUCUGCCUCUCGCUUUGCUGCAACGAUGUCUCAGAUAAGCCGGAGGCGGGUAUACGAUCAGCCGAAUUGGGACGUCUCAUUUGCCAAGCGGUCGUAUCCUGGCGGACGGAUUUCACUGCUUACUUCCGUUGCCGUCAGAAUCCGCUACUGAUCCGGUACUGCGGUGAAGCUACGAGGGAGCCAGAAAAAUGCCAGCUGGCGUGA